UCAGCUGUCGCAGCCGGUGGCUCUCGAAGGUUCUGCAGCGGGGAGAGGAAAAUUUACAACGGCGAGAGAACCGAGACCGAAUCUGAAGCCAUCCGACCCAAGGCGACACUCUAGGGGAUCCGGGAUACGUAUAUUUCCCUCAUAAAGUCUGUAAUAACAUCUGUCAACGAAAAUAAGUAAAUAUGCCUGAAGCCGUCGCAGCUCCAAAAGCUCCCGGUGGGAGAAACAAAGGCGGUACAUAUGUGGACCGGGAUAAGCCGGCCCAAAUUCGGUUCAGUAAUAUUUCCGCUGGGAAAGCUGUUGCAGAUGCCAUCAGAACCAGUCUGGGCCCCAAAGGCAUGGACAAAAUGAUCCAGGAUGGGAAGGGUGACGUGACCAUCACCAAUGAUGGAGCCACCAUUCUCAAGCAGAUGCAGGUUCUGCACCCGGCAGCCAAAAUGCUGGUGGAGCUGUCCAAAGCUCAGGACAUUGAGGCUGGUGAUGGCACAACCUCUGUGGUGGUGAUUGCCGGGGCGCUCCUUGAUGCCUGCGCCAAACUGCUCCAGAAAGGUAUCCACCCCACCAUAAUCUCUGAGUCCUUCCAGAAGGCAGUGGACAAGGGAGUGGAGGUGCUGACCAGCAUGAGCCAGCCUGUGCAGCUCAGCGACAGGGAGACGCUGCUCAACAGCGCCACCACCUCGCUGUGCUCCAAGGUGGUGUCGCAGUACUCCAGCCUGCUGGCCCCCAUGAGUGUGGAUGCCGUGAUGAGGGUCAUCGACCCCGCCACCGCUACCAGUGUCGAUCUGAGGGACAUCAGGAUCGUCAAGAAGCUCGGAGGGACCAUUGAUGACUGUGAACUGGUGGAUGGGCUAGUGCUGACCCAGAAGGUGGCGAACUCUGGCACAUCUCGCGUAGAGAAAGCCAAGAUCGGGCUCAUCCAGUUCUGCCUGUCACCCCCAAAGACUGAUAUGGACAACCAGAUUGUGGUGUCGGACUAUGCGCAGAUGGACAGGGUUCUGCGUGAGGAGCGGGCCUACAUCCUCAACCUGGUCAAACAGAUUAAGAAGGCUGGCUGUAAUGUGCUGCUGGUCCAGAAAUCUAUUCUCAGAGAUGCUCUGAGUGAUCUGGCCCUACAUUUCCUGAACAAGAUGAAGAUCAUGGUUGUCAAAGACAUUGAGAGGGACGAGAUUGAGUUCAUCUGCAAGACCCUUGGAACCAAGCCCAUUGCACAUAUUGACCAGUUCACUCCAGAAAUGCUGGGCACUGCAGAGCUGGCGGAGGAAGUGAACUUGGAUGGAUCUGGAAAGCUGGUCAAGAUCACUGGCUGUGCCAGCCCCGGGAAGACGGUCAGCAUUGUGGUGCGUGGGUCCAACAAGCUGGUGAUCGAGGAGGCAGAGCGCUCCAUCCAUGAUGCCCUGUGUGUCAUCCGCUGCCUGGUGAAGAAAAGAGCACUGAUUGCAGGUGGUGGUGCCCCUGAGAUUGAGCUGGCCCUGCGCCUUGCAGAAUAUGCAAGGACAUUAAGCGGCAUGGAGGCCUAUUGCGUCAGGGGCUAUGCUGACGCGUUGGAAGUUGUGCCCUCCACACUGGCUGAGAAUGCUGGCCUCAACCCCAUCUCCACGGUUACUGAGCUCCGAAACAGACACGCCCAGGGCGAGAAAACUGCCGGGAUCAAUGUCCGCAAGGGUGGCAUUUCCAACAUUCUGGAGGAGCUGGUGGUGCAGCCACUGCUGGUUUCCAUCAGUGCCCUGACACUCUCCACUGAGACGGUCCGGAGCAUCCUCAAGAUUGAUGAUGUGGUGAAUACUCGGUAAGGACUCCAGGUGACAUGGAGAGUAAAGCAGUUUGAACACAUCUACCUGUGUUGUUACCACCAGGUGUUAUCUGUGUCAGCUUGUUAGGCCUGCUCUGUAGAUGCAGUCUGUACUCGUAAUUUAAUAAACUGUUUUUUUGAAACGA